GGUCCCCUCCCGAAGCCUCUCCGAGCUGCCGGCCGCUCGCCAGCCCCUCCGCCUGCUCCCUGCUCCGGCCUCGCCGCCACACGCUGCCACCAUGAGCCAGUCCUACUCCUCCAGCCAGCGGGUCUCUUCCUACCGCCGCACCUUUGGUGGCUCCCCGGUCUUCUCUCGUGCCUCCUUCGGGGGCAAGGGCAGCAGCGGCAGCUCUGUCACAUCCCGCGUCUACCAGGUGUCCCGCACCUCAGCUGUCCCCAACCUGUCCAGCUUCCGCACUACCCGUGUGACACCUCUGCGCUCCUACCAAAGUGCUUACCAAGGCUCUGGCGAGCUGCUAGACUUCAGCCUGGCCGAUGCCAUGAACCAGGAGUUCCUCCAGACCCGCACCAACGAGAAGGUGGAGCUGCAGGAGCUCAAUGACCGCUUCGCCAACUACAUUGAGAAGGUGCGCUUCUUGGAGCAGCAGAAUGCCCUCAUGGUCGCUGAGGUCAAUCGCCUGCGGGGCAAGGAGCCCACCCGUGUGGCGGAGAUGUAUGAGGAAGAGCUGCGGGAGCUCCGACGCCAGGUGGACAUGCUCACUGGCCAGCGGGCACGUGUGGAGGUUGAGCGUGACAACUUGCUUGAUGACCUGCAGAAGCUCAAGCAGAGGCUCCAGGAGGAGAUCCAGCUGAAGGAAGAGGCUGAGAACAACCUGGCUGCUUUCAGAGCCGAUGUAGAUGCAGCUACACUGGCACGUAUUGACCUGGAAAGACGCAUUGAGUCCCUGCAGGAGGAGAUUGCCUUCCUCAAGAAGGUGCACGAAGAGGAAAUCCGGGAGCUGCAGGCUCAGCUGCAGGAGCAGCACAUCCAGGUGGAGAUGGACAUUUCCAAGCCUGACCUGACGGCUGCGCUGCGGGACAUCCGUGCCCAGUAUGAAAGCAUUGCUGCCAAGAACAUCGCUGAGGCUGAGGAGUGGUACAAGUCCAAGGUGUCUGACCUGACACAGGCGGCCAACAAGAACAAUGAUGCACUGCGGCAGGCAAAACAGGAGAUGCUGGAGUACCGGCACCAGAUCCAGUCCUACACCUGUGAGAUUGAUGCCCUCAAGGGCACGAAUGACUCGCUGAUGCGCCAGAUGCGGGAGAUGGAGGAGCGCUUUGCUGGGGAGGCUGGCGGGUACCAGGACACCAUUGCUCGGCUGGAGGAGGAGAUCCGGCACCUGAAGGACGAGAUGGCCCGGCACCUGCGUGAGUACCAAGACCUGCUCAAUGUCAAGAUGGCUCUGGACGUGGAGAUUGCCACAUACCGCAAGCUGCUGGAGGGCGAGGAGAACCGGAUCAGCAUUCCCAUGCACCAGACCUUUGCCUCCUCACUCAAUUUCCGAGAGACCAGCCCAGAGCAGCGUGGCUCUGAGGUGCACACCAAGAAGACUGUGAUGAUCAAAACUAUUGAAACCCGCGAUGGGGAGGUGGUGAGCGAGGCGACCCAGCAGCAGCAUGAAGUGCUGUAGAGGAGGCUGCUCCAGCAGCCCACUGGCACCUUCGAUCCCUGCCUCCGUCCUGCCGCCAAGCUCCCCUCCUGCCCCCCACCUCACCCCCCAAUGCUCUCCAGGCACUGCCCAAGGAGUCCCCCUCGCGGAGCUGCCUCUGGGCCCCUCAUGCCCCCAGGGCUCUCUCCUUCAGCUUCGAAAGACUCACUCUGCUUUCGCAGCUUCGCAGUGGCAACGCCAGCAUCAGGAUCAGGCCCGGGAUGGGGGGGCAGAAGGAGGGAGGGAAGGGACAGGCAGGAGGGGCUGGGGGGAGCAGGUGGUGGCCUAGGCCAGCUCCAUGGAGAGCUGGACGGUCCCAGCAGCAGGUUCUGGAUUCCCCCACAGCCCCCUUCCUGUGCCAGGGCACGGGAUUUGGUUUUGUCCCAAGAGAGCAGGGACUUGUCUCCGAAGCAAUGCCACCUUCCUGGAGCUGGCUCUUCUCUGAGUGUACGGUGGUGAUUCUGGGAAUGGGGAGCAAUGGGGUCUGGGACAAGCCCCCCGUUCUCUGCCUGGCUUGGAGCCAGCGUGCUCCCAUCCCGCUUCCCUUCCCUGACCCAGGGGUUUAUGUCUUUGUGCUCCCCCAGCCCAAGAGGCAUCCCUGUGGGACAGAGGAGAGCAGCACCUGCCCCCCCCCCCUCAUCGCAGGGACCCCCAGCAGCAGGAGGCUGCACGGGGCCAGGCUCAGGAGCUGAGAGGGUAUCUGUAGGUGGACACAGGAGAGAGGAGUGAGUGAGUGGGAGAGAGGGGGGAGAAAAAGAGAGGAGUCGGAGAGAGGCCCAGGGGCCAGGGCAGGUGCCCCCACCCCUCGCCCCACUGCACCCCCACCCCACUGUGUCUAUGUGACUCUUCAGGCGGCUGAAAUAAACAGCGGAGCAUCA